AAAUCAUUUUUCUACAUUACCUUUUGAAUUCGUUUUUUUUCCUUGAAGUAGUAUUGCCAGCUGAGAAAACAUUGGAUAUUGAACGGAAGGUUGUGACUGCUGUGGAAUAUCUUAAGUCAAUUGAAGCAUUUCCAAAUACACAAUUGAUUGCAUUGAACGAAAAGAAAUUCACUGGUCAAUUCAUAUGUUCAAUAGUACUUGUUCAUAUUGAUUUACAUAAUCAACUUCAUGCAAGAUCGCAAUUUGAACGUGGUUCUAUGAAUGGAUCAUUUUCAUUUGAAUUAGAAUCAGAAACAUUUAAAUAUCUAUAUGAAAUAAUCGAAUACUUAACAGUAGUACAAGCAUCAUCCGAUGCAAAUCUCGAAUAUAUUUUGAAUGUUUGUUUACGGUUAUUUGCAACACAUUUACAAUUUUUAAUAAGCGCAAAUUUCGAUAAUUUUCAUGAGUUUUUGAGCGAACAUGAUAUUGAAAAAUGGUUCGUAUUGAUAUCCAAAUUAGCUUUUGAUGAUAAAUUAGAAGAGAGAACAAGAGAAGCUUCACAAGCAUUGACCUAUUUGAUCGAAAAACAAGCAUCAUCGUUUGGUAAAAUAUUGACAUUAAUUCAUACACAUAUCAUUGAAAACAAACAUCCAAUAUUAAUCGAUCUGUUAUUAAAUAAAUUAAAUCAACAAGUAUUCACAUAUAAAUGGAUUGAGAUUCUUUGUAAUCAUCAACAUACACAAGACAGCGCAUUAGCACACAAAGUCUUACAUUCAUUCAUUGAUAUAGUCUUAAAAGCGACUUUCGUAGACAUUGAAAAAGUUAAACGAUUACGCGAAAUUAUAAUUAUGUUUCAAGAAUUGCUUUUAAUUUACUUAAAUAAUCAAUCGGGUGACAUAUCCGAUGAACUUGAAUCAUCCGCUCUGUUAACGCUUGGUAUAGAAUAUUCGACACAUGUAAUCAAAGAUUGUCUUCAACAAGAAAUGCAAAGUCCUUUAUUUGAAUCACUUCUUCUUCGCCUAUGUACUCUAACGGAAUCGAAAUUUAACUUUGCUAUCAUACAACCAAUUUUUGCUACUAUCAUGCCUUUAUUUGCCGAAUAUUUAAUACAGAAAAAAAAAUCGAUAAUGAGCUAUCGUUUAAUUAUUGGUCCACCACAGAGUCCAUUAGAGAAAAAAUAUAAUACAAUAUUGAAAUUACCAUUAUUUUCUGGUGGAUAUGAAACUUUAACAACAGAUAUGAAUCCAUAUCUAUUGAAUUUAUUCAAAUCUGACUUAACUACUUACAAUCGAUUUGGUUUACCCUUGCGACGACAACAAUCGAUAUUAGACAAUCAUUUUUUAAUUUCAAUUUAUCAUAAUAUUGAUCAAGGUGCACAAUUGAUAUCAAAAAUGAAAUUAUUUAUUCGAGAGAAACAAAAUACUUUGCAAAAAUCAAUUGAACCCAUUGCGAACGAUGCUUGUGCUGCAGUAUUCGCCGUUUAUAUUAAAUAUUAUCGUCGUAUUGAUCUAGCUCAACAUGAAUUAACUCAACCAAUUGAACAAAAACCACAUGCUAAACUUCUCUUACUCUAUGAAUAUGCCAAUCAAGUACGAACAAUUUUUGCAACGACAAAAGCUCAAGGUGGUGAUUGUCAUGAACCUUGUCAAAAUAUUAAAAAUGACGCAUUAUUAUUACUCGUAUCGAUUAGGGAGAGUUCUUUCAUUGCAAAAAUUAAAAAGAAUUUUUCAUUACCAAUUGUCACUACGAAAGUAUUUCCCUUGCAACGACAACAAUCACGUUGGACAAAAGCAAAAUAUAUUAUUCGAUUACUUCGUAAUAAACUAAACGCGUGUAUGCGUUUAAGAUAUUUGAUGUUGCAAAAAAAACAAGCCGUUGAACAAAAGAAAGAUAGUGAAAGUGUUAUGCAUCGAGCUAUUACAUCUUGUUUAUAUGGAAAUGGAAAAUUGAAUCCAACGAAAUUGUUAAAUGUCUCACACGACAAUAUCAACGAUCUAUGA